AUGGUGUCGAUGAACACGAAUCUCGUGAACUUCACACAGCAACAAAGAGGCAAAGUAAUGGGGACACUCAAUUGCUUCUUCUCCGGAAGUCCAUUCGUCUAUUCUCUAGUUUAUUACCAUGUAUUUAACGGGAAUGAUCCGGACAACUUGGAAAGCUUCCCUCGUCUGAUGAUGCUGGUGGCAAUAUCAUUCGCCGUUGUCAACAGUCUAUGUAUUUUAUUCUUGAGAAGGCUUCCCGAGAGCAAGGAAAGGGCAAAUCAAUCCAUUUCCUACGAGGAUAUAAACGGAAUACCGAACGAUUUGAGCAAAGUGUUGGAAAAGGACGUGUCAAUGUCAACAACAUGCCUGGCUGGAAACUGCAAUUUUCACGCUUUACUAUGGGUGUUUACUUUAACUUCAUCCGUCGGCGUGUUUGUGACGAAUAACCUGACGGAGAUAGCCACAAGUGUAAGACUAGAUCGUCAUAACCCUACUCUGGUUCUUCUGAUCCCCGUCACAACCAUGGUAGUCAGUAUUCUGAUUGGAGUCCUCUCGGACAAAUACAUUGGGACCUUCCCUAGAUCAAGCGUGGUCCUGAUAGGUAUCGGUUCAUUCAUCAUAUCGCAGAUGCUGUUCCUGUUGUUGGCGGAUGUUUUCUCCCUGCUGAUCAUAGCCACCAUAUUGGUUGGGAUCGGGAACGCCAUCAUGUGGUCACUCGGGCCGGUCUUGACGGCCGACAUCUUGUAUAUAGGUAAUCUUGGCAGGAACUGGGGUUUAAUUACCCUCGUAAAUGCAAUAUUCUGCUUUGCUCUACAAGAAGUCUUCGGUGUCAUGUACGAGAACGCCAUCACUACUCCUAAUGAACUCUUCUGUUUCGGACUACAUUGUCUGCGCGGAGCGUUCGGUAUCGGACUUACGUCUACCCUUCUCUCUUUUUUACCAGCAUUGGUUCUGUUCAUCCGAACGAAGAGUUCGUUUCCAAAACCAAAACCAGAAGUAAAUGGCACUAUUGCCAUUCUCGAAUAA